AUUGUGUUUAAUGAAGAACUAGGAAGUCCGUUUAUUAUAGCACACAGUGUUUCAUUUGUAAAAUCUGAUAUGCAUUCAGUAGCUGUGCUGCUGCUUAGGGUAGAAAAAGAUGAAUUGGAUACAAAAGGAAGUGGAUUUCAUAUUACCUUGGAAUGGGUUACAAUUGCAGAGAUAAGCAAAGAGGGUGAUCAUAGAUAUGAAAUCUUUAAAAGGAGAGUUUUACAAGGAAAAUCAGUCCCCAAUUAUGCAGCAAUAGAGCCAAGUGGGGAUGGUCUAAUGAUUGUUUCCUACAAACCAUUCAAAUUUAUGCAAGAUGAAGAAGACAAAUUAGAAGAAAAUGACGAUGCAAAAGCAACAAAUGAAAAGAAAGACCCUCUCUAUUACUGGCAGCAGACUGAAGAUGAUGUGACAAUAACAGUUCACAUUCCUCAAGGCAUUACUAAGGACGACAUAAAAGUACACUUUUCUCCUGAUAACAUAUGUGUUACACUGAAAGACCAGCCUCCUUUGAUGGAAGGAAAACUCUAUUCAUCUGUGGACCACGAAAGCUGCACGUGGAUAAUUAGAGAGAACAAAAG